AGGCGGAGAGCAAGGUGCGCAUUAUUGCCUCUGACUUCAGCAGGAGCGCACACACUGCCGGACCGCUCCACACCUGACACUCUGAGCCACACUGCUGCUGUCCUACACACCAUGAAGGUACAGUUCCCGUGUGUCCGCUGCCUCCUGCUGCUGCUGCUGUUGCUGCUGCUGCUGCCGGCGGUCCUCGCUGCCCCAGACCCGCAGCCCAGUCCUUUCUCUAUCCUCGUCCUUUAUAGAAAUACAGGUUACAGAUGGGGUCUACCGAUUCGCGGGUAACACACCGCUUCAGCACCAGAUGUCCUCGGGUAACACACCGCUUCAGCACCAGAUGUCCUCGGGUAACACAGCGCUUCAGCACCAGGUGUCCACGGGUAACACACCGCUUCAGCACCAGGUGUCCGCGGAUAACACACCUCUUCAGCACCAGGUGUCCGCGGGUAACACACCGCUUCAGCACCAGGUGUCCACGGGUAACACAACGCUUCAGCACCAGGUGUCCGCGGGUAACACACCGCUUCAGCACCAGAUGUCCACGGGUAACACAGCGCUUCAGCACCAGGUGUCCACGGGUAACACACCGCUUCAGCAAAAAGUGUCCGCGGGUAACACACCGCUUCAACACCAGGUGUCCACGGGUAACACACCGCUUCAGCAAAAAGUGUCCGCGGGUAACACACCGCUUCAACACCAGGUGUCCGCGGGUAACACACCGCUUCAGCACCAGGUGUCCGCGGGUAACACACCGCUUCAGUACCAGGUGUCCGCGGGUAAUACACCGCUUCAGCACCAGGUGUCCGCGGGUAAUACACAGCUUCAGCACCAGGUGUCCGCUGGUAACACACCGCUUCAGCACCAGGUGUCCGGGAGUAAUACACCGCUUCAGCACCAGGUGUCCGCGAGUAAUACACAGCUUCAGCACCAGGUGUCCGCGGGUAAUACACCGCUUCAGCACCAGGUGUCCGCGGGUAAUACACCGCUUCUGCACCAGGUGUCCGCGGGUAACACACCUCUUCAGCACCAGGUGUCCGCUGGUAAUACACCGCUUCAGCACCAGGUGUCCGCGGGUAAUACUCCGCUUCAGCACCAGGUGUCCGCGGGUAAUACACAGCUUCAGCACCAGGUGUCCGCGGGUAAUACACCGCUUCAGCACCAGGUGUCCGCUGGUAAUACACCGCUUCAGCACCAGGUGUCCGCGGGUAAUACACCGCUUCAGCACCAGGUGUCCGCGGGUAACACAUCUCUUCAGCACCAGGUGUCCGCGGGUAACACACCGCUUCAGCACCAGGUGUCCGCUGGUAAUACACCGCUUCAGCACCAGGUGUCCGCGGGUAACACACCGCUUCAGCACCAGGUGUCCGCUGGUAAUACACCGCUUCAGCACCAGGUGCCCGCGAGUAAUACACAGCUUCAGCACCAGGUGUUCGCGGGUAAUACACCGCUUCAGCACCAGGUGUCCGCGGGUAAUACACCGCUUCAGCGCCAGGUGUCCGCGGGUAAUACACCGCUUCAGCACCAGGUGUCCGCGGGUAAUACACCGCUUCAGCACCAGGUGUCCGCUGGUAAUACACCGCUUCAGCACCAGGUGUCCGCGGGUAAUACACCGCUUCAGCACCAGGUGUCCGCGGGUAACACAUCUCUUCAGCACCAGGUGUCCGCGGGUAACACACCGCUUCAGCACCAGGUGUCCGCUGGUAAUACACCGCUUCAGCACCAGGUGUCCGCGGGUAACACACCGCUUCAGCACCAGGUGUCCGCUGGUAAUACACCGCUUCAGCACCAGGUGCCCGCGAGUAAUACACAGCUUCAGCACCAGGUGUUCGCGGGUAAUACACCGCUUCAGCACCAGGUGUCCGCGGGUAAUACACCGCUUCAGCACCAGGUGUCCGCGGGUAAUACACCGCUUCAGCACCAGGUGUCCGCGGGUAAUACACCGCUUCAGCACCAGGUGUCCGCGGGUAAUACACCGCUUCAGCACCAGGUGUCCGCGGGUAAUACACCGCUUCAGCACCAGGUGUCCGCGGGUAAUACACCGCUUCAGCACCAGGUGUCCGCGGGUCACACAACGCUUCAGCACCAGGUGUCUGCGGGUAAUACACAGCUUCAGCACCAGGUGUCCGCGAGUAAUACACAGCUUCAGCACCAGGUGUCCGCGGGUAAUACACCGCUUCAGCACCAGGUGUCUUCGGGAAACAGUUCAGCUGUUGAUACAGAUAUGAUAUAAGCGUGUUUGAAAUAUAUUGUAUGGUACACAGGGACACGAUCUAGUUUAGAGUCAGUGAACCUUAGACCUGAGUCUAGAACAGGUUCUUCCCAAGGAACUAGCGCUGGUGUGAUUAGGCAAGACUGCCACAGCCUCCCUUUGUUUUUAAUUCCUCUAUGUAAAGAAAUCCAGGUUACUAUUCUAUGUUGUAUUUAAUAAUUACCCGUAUUUACGUACCUAUGUAAUUUAUCAUCGUUUAAGUGUAAAGAUUCAGUCCCCUUAAGUGGGCCAAGUGAAUAGGCGUUAGCUUUGAUAAUGGUUCUAGUCUCGUUAAUGGUUGAUGGCAAUCAGUGAGGCUAGUGAGUAGGCUUGGGUAGCUUGCUUGAACCUAAGGCGAGAUCAGUGUGAUCUUGGUGAGGCUGGAGUAACAUCAUCUCCAGAGGAAGAACAGCCAGAACAUCGGCUGGCAGUUUGUAGACAUGUUAAGGUAAAUUCUGUUUGAGUUCAAGUGCGAGUUAGCUUCAUAUCAGUGCCUCAAGAUUUAGGAACAUUAGAUAGGAUUACGUUUUUUAUUUAUAUAUACAAGAGUUGUUACAUUCUUGUACAGCCACUAGUACGCGUAGCGUUUCGGGCAAGUCCUUAAUCCUAUGGUCCCUGGAAUACGACCCCCGCGAAGCAUCUAUUUUACAAUCAGGUUCCCAUUUUACUGUUGAGUUAAACAGAGGCUACCGUUAAGGAUUUGCACCCAGUAAAUCCUCCCCGGCCAGGAUACGAUAGAAUAUUUCAUAAUUUGUGUCAAUAAACGAAUUUUUAUUAUU